GACCUGGAGUGCACACGCGUCUCCAUGGAAAUGAAGGAGCAACAAACUCCGUUCUGCGGCAUUCUCGAGACAUGAGUGCUGUCGAUGCAGACUUCCACAAGUACGACCUGGCGCGUCUGCAGGCGGAACUCGGACAGGAAAAAGAAAUGAAGGACAUGCUGGAGGAGUCUGUCUCCGACCUGAGGGGCACAAUGCGGGAGCUGCAGGAGAGACUGCAUAGUGUCGAUGGAGAAGGUAACGAGUGGAAAACCAGAUACGAGACCCAGAUAGAGUUGAACGGACAGCUGCAGAGACAGAUCUCAAUGGUGCACGACAAACUGGAGGAUUUACGAGGAAACCCAAUGGAUCGAUUGGCCUCUGUUAGAUCCUACGAAGACAUGCCAUCAGAUGCACUGCAGCAACGCUUGAAGCUUCUGACCAAUGAGAAGGCCGAGCUCCAAAGCCACCUGAUGGACUGUCGUGUUGGCAUCGAAGAAGAAGGGAAGGCGUUUCACAGGACCAACGAUGAGAGACGCGCGUAUCUUUCAGAGAUCGCCAAGCUGUCCUCCACUCUGGAAGCGAACAGGAGGGUUCAGUACCCCAACCAGCCACGGGGGGCGCCAGAGAGCCAGCAGAAGAAGUCCAUAAGAGAGAAGCAGGCCAGCAGGAGGGCAGACACUGAGUCCAAGGGAGGAGGAGGAGGAGGAGGAGGAGGAGGAGGAGGAGGAGGAGGAGGAGGAGGGGGGGGGGGGAGGAGGAGGAGGAGGAGGAGGAGGAGGAGGAGGAGGAGGAGGAGGAGGAGGAGGAGGAGGAGGAGGAGGAGGAGGAGGAGGAGGAGGAGGAGGAGGAGGAGCGCGGAGGGGCCCCGGGAGGAAGGCUGUGGCUGGGAGCAGACUCCCAACACUCAAACAGCAGCUGAAUCAGGGUAUCUAACCUGCGAACAGUGUCGGUUGGUACUCUCUGUACAUUUCCACCCUUUUAAUUAAUGCAUCACACACACCGAGUAAAAGUUGUCAGGAUUUGGGGUCGUCCGCUUAUGGUAACAGAUAAGCUCUAUUUGUACUAGUGUUGGCUUGCCAUAGCUUGUAGGGUGAGCGACACAACCUGGUACUAAUUUGGGCCCCCCCCCCCCCCAAACCACCAUUACGGUUACCAGCAUUUCAUCCUGGUCCCGUAGGUUUUACUAGGAUUUACCUACUCUAUUGACGGGCGAGAUGGAUUCCCUAAGAAGCCAAUCAGAGAAGAGAUUUUCUGGUUGCUCAGAAAUGAGCGGGGUUCUGUCUCUACUCCUGUUGGCCUCAUUCAGAGGAAGGCACAGGGAGAUUUUCUCCCAGAUCAUUUCACUGUCAGAGUUGACCAAGGGCUAUCGCAUUUCUAACAUAUUUCACUCAAAAUCGAGUUCUCCAAUCUUCCCGGCAGCCCGUUUAAUACUGUUGUCGGUUCAGCCAAGGUCAUUGUGGUCAAUUUGUAGAACUUUUUCAUUUCUUGAAAUUCACUGCACCAUUUGUAUUUUUCGUAUUUUGUAGCUUGGCUACAGUAUGACGUCAUUUUGUAAAUUGAAAAAAACGGUUAUGAUGGUUCUUAUGGCUAAACGUAACGUGAUAAGGCUUACAUGUUUGAUGAAGAUUGGAUUACACAUGAAUAAAAUAUUCUGAUAUUCCAUAA